AUGAUCAGCUCACAUUUUUGUCACGACAGUGAUGGUUCGGAACAUCUACCACAAAUACCAACGAUCUCAAAGCAAGCAGAAUCAUCUUCUGAAACGGAUGACGCGGACAGAGAAGUUGCAGAGAUGACACAAAACGUUGAAAAUUCAGAAAAGAGUGGACGUGAAGCUACAGCUGCACUCGAUCGGGAAAAGCACAAGUUGUUCGCAGAAAUGGAAGAAAGCAUAGCGAUGCUGUUGGAAUAUGGGGAGCAUCAAGCGGCUAAACCUCCGCUGUCACGUAGAAAUCUACCAAGAGAAAAGGAUGAAUUCGCCUUAGGGUUUGCCUUCAAAAAGGCUUGCUUGUCGCGCUCGGAAAAUUCAACCCCUGACAGAAAGGUCUACGCCAUUGAAAUGGAUUACGGGAAGGCGUAUGGCCUACGGGAGGAGAUGGGUAGAGUGAUCGCCCCUGAAGUCAAACGAUUCGAAUUCCCUGAAACUCUCCCACGCUUCGGCCACAUCAAAAACCUCGUCAGAUUCGUUGCCAUCUGGGCCUCUACUGUCGAAAUGCAAUUCUUUUGUGAAGCGAGGGAUGAUGAGACUCUCAAAAGGGAUUCUCAUUUUCUAUUCGCUUUCGGAAACGCCACGGUUACCCAUGGAGCCGUUGUUCCCAACCAAAUAUGGCUCUAG